CUGGCGCUGUCGAUUUGGCGGCCCGCUCCCGACUCGCCAACCUCCGGAUUUACCAGCCACCAGCCAUCGCAUUUUCAACUGGGCUGAAAGAAACUCGGCAAAAUGUCACUCUUUUCCCCUCUGCUCCUAUCACAUUCCUUCUGUCAGGCCAAACUGCUAAGCGGUCGAGCGCAUCAUCCUGCUCUGCAUUCUUCCUCAUUUAACCGUUUCUGGCUUCCCUGCAUGCCUGCGUUAUAACCUCUGGAGACCUGAGAAGAGAAGUGGCCUCGUCAAGAUGCGUGGCGGCGUCUCGUUGAUCCUUGCUCUCUCGACAUGCCUCACUUUCAUAGCUGCGCUACCUCAACCAGCUCUAGUCGUCCGCGCCCCAGCAGCUGUAGAUGCCCGUACGAAGCCUAAAUAUUCUGUUGUACCGCUGGAACCAGGUGAAGGACAGCCAGGCGGUGGAAAUGGAGGCGGCGGUGGUGGGAGCAAUGGAGGCGGUGGUGGAGGCGGAGAUGGCACCGUGACAGUGAUCGAGACGGUUACCGAGAUCGCCAAGGCUUCGACUGUUACUCGUACAGUUCCGACGACGGUGGAGAUUAUUGAUAUUACGGCGGAUGUGACCAAGACGGUUCUUGUCACUCCUACCAGACAUGCCACUACUACCACUCUGUCGACGACGACGACAUCACCACUUCCGCCGCCAGUGGUUAGCGAGGUCUCAAAGUCGGCUACAACUUCGAAAGUUUCCACAGAAUCGAACAAGACGACUACGUCUAAAUCGACUGCUGCAACCUCGAAGGCUAGCACAACUUCGAAAUCCUCUACCACUUCCAAGGCGACUACCACCUCACAGCCAACUACUAUCACAAAUAUGACGAGCGCUGCGACGACGGCGGCCACAACCACUUCAUCUGCACAAAGCACCUCAAAUACAACAGUAUCAGCUUCGACUACGGCAAGCAGCUCUCAACACACCAUCUCGUCGACACUUCAAACCACGGGCACGUCCAGUACGCUAGUCGCCUCCACAGGCGCCUCCACAUCCUAUACGACCACAAGCAUUGCUUGGCAGUCUAGCUCUACUGUAGUGUCUUCGACUUGGUCGACCAUAACAUCUCUGCCGACUACUGCUUCCAUCUUGUCAACCAUCUACCCGUCUACCACGAGCACCCAUGACAAUGGCCAAUGGCACACUACAUACCCUGCGUGGAACGGGACUGUAAUACAUCGCUAUCACCCGCCGUCUUAAGAUGAACGCUUUCAGUCACGACCAACCGGCAAGAUGGCAUCCGUCUCUUUCAAUCGUACAUAUUUUAACUUCAAGGGACAUAUACCAUGCCUCCGAUACAGAGGUACAAGAAGUUACAGCAAGAAUAUCUGAAACGGUAAAUUGCAUCGCAUUCAAGACUUUGGGUAUUUUUGUCCUUUUUUUUCUGUUUAUUUGCUUUUCCUGGUCUGUUUUUGGGUUGGAUAAUGAUAAUGCUGCCAAGAAGAAUCCGAAUUUGAGUGUUUGCUGGGAGAGUUUCCGCUGCCGUCAGCGAGCAAACUUCUUCUUUGAAUAGGACAGGGCUCCUCUCCCGGCUGCUGCAACGCAAACCAAGGGCUGGGAUACGUUGCCGCUUUAUAUGUAGCGCAUGAGAUAUUAGAUGAAUACAGAAUGCAUAUGAAAUGAGAU